AGCAGCAUGGCGCCACGCCCCCACGUGGGCGUGGCUCCGCUCAGCGUCAGCUGCGAUUACAACAUCAGCCGGAUAAACUUAGACGGUUUCUUUCGGGAAAACCUUCCACUUUGCUGCUACACUAACGGCGGCACAGCCAAGAUGGGCAAGGACUACUACGAAAUUUUGGGAAUUAAGAAAGGAGCGUCAGAGGACGACAUAAAGAAGGCUUAUCGUAAGCAGGCUUUGCGUUACCACCCCGAUAAAAACAAGUCACCGGGAGCCGAGGAGAAAUUCAAAGAAAUUGCCGAGGCUUAUGACGUUUUGAGCGACCCGAAGAAAAAAGACAUCUACGAUCGUUUUGGUGAAGAGGGACUGAAAGGUGGAGGCCCUACCGGUGGUGGCGGCGGCGGCGGACCUGGCACCUUCAGCUACACCUUCCAGGGCGACCCUCACGCCAUCUUCGCAGAAUUUUUCGGUGGACGCAACCCCUUCGAACAGUUCUUCGGCGCCCGCAAUGGCGGUAUGGAGGAGGACAUGGACACUGACGACCCGUUCUCCCGCUUUGGGAUGGGGGGCAGCGGGAUGGGGGGCGGCGGAAUGGGCGGCUUCCCGCGCUCCUUCAGCACGGGAAUGGGAGGAAUGGGCGGCCACACCAGUGUGGUGAAAAAGCAGCAGGACCCGCCCGUGGUCCACGAUCUGCGGGUGUCUUUGGAGGAGGUUCUGUCAGGUUGCACCAAGAAAAUGAAAAUCUCCCGUAAGAGGCUGAACCCCGACGGCCGCUCAAUUCGGACUGAGGAGAAAAUUCUAGAGGUUCAGAUAAAGAAGGGCUGGAAAGAGGGCACCAAAAUCACAUUUCCCAAAGAGGGGGAUGAGACUCCGAGGAACAUUCCAGCCGACGUGGUGUUUGUGUUGAAAGACAAGCCGCAUCCGGUGUUCAAGCGGGAUGGUUCUGACGUCGUUUACACCGCCAAGAUCUCGCUCAGAGAUGCUCUGUGUGGCUGCACGGUGAACGCCCCCACCCUGGAGGGCCGGACGGUGACGGUGUCCACCACAGACGUGGUGCAACCGGGGCUGAAGCGGCGGGUCAGCGGGGAGGGUCUGCCCUAUCCCAAACGGCCGGACCGCCGCGGCGACCUGAUAGUGGAGUACGACGUGAAGUUUCCGGAGCGGCUCACUCAGAGCGCCAGAGAAACCAUCGCCGGGGUCCUCCCGCGCAACUAA